CUUCUUGAAAGUCUAUGGGAUUGCGUGGUUUUAUUUAUUGAUUGUAAUUGAAAUUUGUCUGACAGUGAGCGAGUAUGGUGAGGGUUAGUGUGUUGAACAGAACUCUGAAGAGCAUGUACAAUGCUGAGAAAAGAGGAAAGCUCCAAGUCAUGAUUAGGCCAUCGUCCAAGGUCAUUAUCAAAUUUCUUUUGGUGAUGCAAAAGCACGGUUACAUUGGAGAGUUUGAGUAUGUUGAUGACCAUAGGACUGGUAAAAUCGUGGUUGAAUUGAAUGGUAGACUGAACAACUGUGGGGUUAUUAGCCCCCGUUUUGAUGUGAGUGUCAAAGAUAUAGAACCUUGUACUGCUAGGCUUCUCCCCUCAAGGCAAUUUGGUUAUAUUGUAUUGACUACCUUUGUUGGCAUCAUGGAUCAUGAAGAGGCUAGGAGAAAUAAUGUUGGUGUUAAGGUCCUAGGUUUCUUCUACUACGUUAUUUUCAAUUGAGGAUGGCAGUGGUUUCAAUUUUGAGAUUCACUAGUUGUAAUGGAGGAUAUGGUAAUCCCUUAGAAAUAUCAAGCAUAGCAGGAGUUGUUUUGUUAUGUUCUUUAUUUUGGU